AAACUUCCGACACUUCCAGUGUCGACAUUAGCGCUAUCUCCGCCAUUCUCGCUCUUUUUCCGGUUCUUUGCGAAAGUGUCUUUCGUCUGUUCAAAAUGGCCAAGCGUACGAAGAAGGUCGGAAUCACCGGUAAAUAUGGCACCCGUUAUGGUGCCUCCCUUAAAAUGGUGAAGAAAAUGGAAAUCACACAGCACAGCAAAUACACCUGCUCGUUUUGUGGCAAAGAGGCAAUGAAACGCAGUGUUGUAGGAAUCUGGUCGUGCAAACGUUGCAAGAGGACAGUUGCUGGUGGCGCAUGGGUGUAUUCCACGACAGCUGCUGCCUCAGUAAGAUCAGCAGUACGUCGAUUACGUGAAGUUAAAGAACAGUAAAUAUAUCUAAUAAAUAUCUUUGUCAAUAUUUA